UUUACUCUACACUAUACUGUUGCGUGACCUUUCCUGAGUUUGCGUGAGUGCGUCGCAGAAAUCGGAUCGAUCUCCCUCCCUCCCUCCCUCCGCUCGUCGGUGGAUCGCCGCUUUCCGCGCGCGCAGAGGGCGGCGGCGGUGGUUCCAGCACGGUAUGGCUUCGUCGUCGUCGUCGUCCUCCAGCCAGGCGCAGGGCCCGCCGGAUUUCGACUACCUCUUCAAGCUGCUCCUCAUCGGCGACUCGGGCGUCGGCAAGAGCAGCCUCCUCCUCCGCUUCACCGCCGACUCCUUCGAGGACCUUUCCCCCACCAUAGGUGUCGAUUUCAAGGUUAAGAUGGUUAACGCCGGCGGCAAGAAGCUCAAGCUUGCCAUCUGGGACACAGCUGGACAAGAACGAUUUAGGACCUUGACCAGCUCAUACUACAGAGGUGCACAGGGUAUUAUUAUGGUAUACGAUGUCACUCGACGGGAAACAUUCACCAACCUUUCUGACAUAUGGGCUAAGGAAAUUGACCUCUAUUCUACAAACCAGGAUUGCAUUAAGAUGCUUGUCGGAAACAAAGUUGACAAGGAAAGUGAGAGAGCUGUCACAAAAAAAGAAGGCAUUGAAUUUGCCAGGGAAUACGGGUGUUUAUUUCUAGAAUGCAGUGCUAAAACCAAAGUGAAUGUUGAACAGUGCUUUGAGGAACUUGUCCUUAAGAUAUUGGAUACACCAAGCCUCUUGGCUGAUGCUUCCUCAGGUGCGAAGAAGAACAUCUUCAAGCAGAAGCCGCCAGAAGCCGAUGCUGCCGCUGGCAGCUGCUGUUAACAUACUGGGAGAUGCUAAUCUGGGCUCGUUGAUGAAAUACUUGGUUGCUGAAAGUGAUAAGCUUGUUUUUGUCGAUUUGUUUUUCGCUUUCUGUAUAUUUCCAUGUGAACCGCCCACCCCAAUGGUUCAUACAGAAAACACAUAUAGUCUCCAUUACGUUUGCAGCUACUUAAUGUAUUAAGUUUAAUUUACUGAAUACGUACGAUGAUCGUACCUCUU